AUGCCUCGUGGUGCCGGACCAUCAAAAAAAGCAGGCAAAGAUCCAAAUGCACCAAAACGACCAUUAUCGGCAUUUUUUCUUUUUUCCCAAGAUGAACGACCGGAUAUAAAGAAAAAAAGUCCAUCUCUAUCGGUUGGUGAUAUUUCGAAAGAAAUUGGUUUAAGAUGGAAAAAAGUUAGUGAUGAUGUAAAAAAACGUUAUGAACAAAAGGCUGCUGUUGAAAAACAAAAAUAUGAAGUACGACUUGCUGAAUAUAAAAAAAAUGGUGGUGGUGGUGGUGAUGUUAGUUCAGCAGCUAAAGGUAGUAAAAGUUCAUCAAAAGCAUCAACAAGCAAAAAAUCACCUAAGAAACCUGUAGGAAAAGCUAAAGCAAAAUCAUCUGAUGAAGAUAAUGAUGACGAUGAUGAUGAUGAUGAUGACGAUGAAGAUGAAGAAUAA